GAACUUUUGGCUACGGCCGAACGGCUCCGCUGUGUUCCGACAGGGACUCAGUGUUCCUAGAAUCUGACCAGAUGCAUGAUACCACACCACUGCUGCCCCCCCAGCCGUCACUCUCCCCGUCACCUAAUGCUGCACCCAGGAUGGGAACAUGUGCUGUUGGAAGAAACCGAGCUGGCUCUAAAGUUGGACCAGAAACCAUGAGUGGAAGUGUGCGAUCAUCUAACAGUGGAGGUGGGGUUAGGCCCUGGUUAGGCGGUGAAAGUCGCCCUAGAAGUAUGGCAGAGACACCAUUCACGUCUGAAGCACACUUUGAUCACCGUCAUGAAUCUUGGAGUAAAAGUCAUAAUAGGGUGGACGAAAUAGAAAACCCGAAAGGAAGAAUUGAAUCCCAGUGUAAAAAAGGUCCAGAAAGAAGUUUAUCCGAAAGCAUAAAGCUAUCUGGGAUUAAGACGGAGAAUUCAUCUUCAUCUGCAAGUAAGGAAAAACACAGAAGCCGGUCUGCGGUUGGAAAGAGAACUGAAGAAGUGAAGGUAGACUGUGAACUGAGUGCUGAGGCUAGUACCUGUGCUGUGCAAAAGGUUGAAAACAAGGUUGAGCCUGAGUGUAAUGAAGACAAAAUAAUAAGAUUGGAUGCAAGGACUAAUGGGGAGAAUGAAUCUGUGAUUGUAGAUGUACAAAGACCUGAGCAGUUAGAUACAUUGCAGCACCCUUGUGGGUUGGCUGAUGUAGACGUAUGUGCAGACCAUGAAACAGCCAUUGCCAAAACUGAAACUAUUUUUGAAUCUAAGGUCGAGACUGCACCUAAGACUGAGCAUAGUUCCCAGUCAGGUAAAACAAAUCCAGACCUCAAUAGUGCAAGGCACAGGGAUGAAAGGGAGACCACUACUGUUGAUUGGGGUAAUCCAGAAUUUCUGCCAUAUGAAAAAGCUGAACAAAAGGUCAAUAUGGGCAAAACUGGAUUUAUUGCUCCCAAACCAGAUUUUGAUAGCCAGAAGUUAUCUACCCCCAAACCCAACAGUAGAACUCGCCCUGGAACAGCUACAGGCCUCCGUCCAGGACUAGUCAGCCCCAAACUAGACAGCGGGUUCGGGGAGCAGGAUCCGGCAGCACCCCCAGAUGGCAUGGAGUCCACCUGGCCCCGGAGAGUCAUUGUCAGAAAGAGAACAGUUCGACAAGGCGGCGCACUGCACAACCUACCCAUCCUCCCACCACUCCCAUCUGUUCUCACUGCACUGGAGAAGAGGUUCCCACACCACCUCCCACGUCUAGCUCAUCAUUCUGAGACUCCUUUGACAAAUCUGAUUGGCGCAGUAGGGCGGUGCUCUUUAAAAGAACCCUCCCAUCUAGAGCUGGGUCUCUGUGCCACUGUAGUAAGCAGAGCGUCAUUGAAGGAACAAAACUUAGAGCAGUGGAGGGCCACCAAAGAGCAUAAUGAUCUCAGGAUGCAAAGCAGAAAUAAUAAGAAUCCAGAAGAGUCCACAGCGGAGAAGGAGGAAAAUAAGGUGAAACGUGUAGAGUAUGAUAAACUAAAAUCUAAAGAGGUGACUGGUAGUGCUCAGGGAGAAAAGCAUGACAAAAGCAAUAGCUAUCAAUGUGAGAAGAAUUAUGGUGUGGUCAAAGUAGAGCAUGUCAUAACAAAACAGGUAGAAUCAAGAGACAUUGCACAAGUAGAUAUCCAAGACAGUGUGAAUCAGGAGUACUUGUUAGCGUUAGAAGUAAAGGGGAACAAGGCAGAAGAAAGCACAAGCAAGGUGAUGCCUUCACAAGAGCAACCCAAACCAAAAGAAGAUAAGGUUGGCGGUAAACCAGAAGUCAGAAUAGAUGUAGAAGGAGAAUGGAUGGAAGAGAGGGAUGUUGGCGGGAUGGCCGGGGAGGUGGAGAGCUGGGAUGUGGUGCUGAAGAUGGUCAACACCAUUUGGGAGGAUGGCUGGGCCGGAGGCAGAGCUGCAGGGCCAGUGGAGGAAGGCGACACCGGCUCCAUAUCCGGUUCCUUGCAGCGUUGGCCUCUUCUCAGACCCCCUGCAGGCUUUGGGGGCUCCCACCCAUCGUCCUCGGCUGCUUCAGAGCUCAGCUUGACCGAGCUGGAAAGGAGGGCCAGGGAGCUGGACUCAGACCUCGAGCAUCUCGACCUGUCCCUGCCCCACAGGGAAGCAUACGGUCUGAUGCUUCCCAAGCCGCAGAAGGAAAGGACUGACAUGUACCAAACGCACCCGGGGCCCCAAAGAGAGAAAGGUGCUUUUCUCACAGGUCUAGGGAGCAGGUCUCAGGUCCGUCUAGAGAUGGUUCCUACCAUUACAGAGAAGGUCAUUACGGACGUUGACACCAACUGGUCAGAAAAGUCUGAUGCUGGGGCACCUACCAUAGGCAUCAGCUCCACUAAAGAGGACAGCUCUCCAGACUCAAACCUUACCUUAGAGUCGGAUUCCAGCGGCGUCUUCCUUUCCAUGUCCAACCAGAGCCAAGACGAGAUGGGCUCUGACAGCGAUCAGCCAAUGAGUGGUUCCGACUUGGGCAGCAGCAGCACAUCAUUCGACAGAGAUGGGGAAGAGGCGGGUGCAAAAGAGUGGGGACGUGAGGAGAGUGCUGAGCUGGACUGGUGCUACCCUUCACUCCUCGACCCCUCUUCACAUGAACAUACAGCAGAGGAAGGAAAUGGAGAUGAAAACAAAAACCCAGGAGAUACAAAAAAAGAGACUGUAUCCAUUAAGACCUCAGUUCAGAUGUUCAGUUCAGUUUCGCUCCCAACAUCCCCUUCCAAACAAUUAAUCAAACAAUUCCUCAAUCCCAAUCUACCUAUGAGAAGCUCGGGAUUAGAUUGUGGUGACUUGGAUCCCUUUAUCCAAUCAGAUAGCUUUGUUUACCUUGCAGUGUCCACAAGCUCCAGCCCCCAGGCUGAGAAAACCGAAGCCAUAGACAAACCCCCCCAUGGGGCCAUCCAAGUCAUCUCAAACCAGGGACCCAGCUUGCCCCGAGCUCACGAGGACUCCUCCCCCGCACAGAAGGCUGUCGUCAAGGUGACUCAUCUUGUGCCCCAGCGUCCAGAGGGAGAAGACUUCCUGUCCACGGAUAGUUUUGUUUACCUCGCUGCUCCAGCAUGUCUCUUACUGGGCCCAGAAGGAACUGCACCCUACGGUACAAGGGACUCUGAUUCGGACAGCUCUGGAUCUGGCGCCGCUGACAUGUCGGUGCUGGGCUGCGGAUCCCUGGCCGGGGACAGCGACUGGGACUCGGACGCUUCGGACUCAUACCCCCAUCGCCCUUCUUCCAGAGUCCCCGGUGCCAGCGACAGGCCUCCGUCUGGCCCCGUCCAUCCGAAACGCCACCCCACCACUGAGCCCAGCUGGGACCUGUUCCAAGAUGUCACCGAGCCGGAAGUACUGCCUGAACUGCUCGACGAAGAAGGCCACGAAGAAAGCGACGAAGAAGGCGACGAAGAAGGCGACGAAGACGGUGCCACCAGCGGCAGCAACAACCUAAACAACAAUGUCACCACGGUUACAGUUGCGGCUACAACUAUGGUAAUAACCACCCCCGGGUUCGUCAACGAGGUGACUCCCGAGCCAGCAGACGAGAUGGCAAAAGCCGUUGCGACGUUGGAGCAGGCGUCCACCACCAAGAAGGUGACAUGGCAGUUCAAGCCGGCGCAGAGAUCUGUGUGCACAGGAAGCAGGAAAGAGAAAGAACCAUCAAGGUCGUCAUCACUGAGGUACGCCGACCAGGGACCGGAAGAGGCGCACUGUCCCUUACCAUCGUCGCCCUCUUCUUCCUCCUCACCAUCCUCAUCAUCGUCCUCUGGUUGAGGUGCAGUACAGACACAGUUUUCCUGGUCUUACUAUUGGAUCUCAGUGUGUGUAGCGGUACGGGUGUAGGAUAUCAGAAUACACACAGGCUUAAGACCCUUAUGUUGAGUUCAAAAUGUUCCAACUCGGGGAUUGACAUUUUAACUUGCAUUGCUGCAAUAAAAGAAAAGUUUCAUAUUUGAGUAUACAAAGGCACUAAAUAUAAAAAAAAAUGAAAUUUGCUGAAACAAAUGCACCAACAAUAAAUUAGCCAACUGAAUAAGGAUUUAGCAUUAUUUUUUGUAUAAAGAUGGGUUUCAGAUUAUUUAUAGUACUAUGGUUUACUGCACUUGGGAAUAUAGGGAGAAUAUUCUUCGAGGUUGCUGUAAGAAAUUAUUUCCUUUAGCAUCCAGGAAUAAUAAGUUAGUGGAAAAUAAAGGAAAGGUUUAUUUCACUAUUCAGCAAAGGCUUUUCGUUUUUUGUUGUUAUGGCUAAUGCUAACUGUAAAGCUGGGCAACGUAGAUGGUUUAUAUUUAUGGUUCAUGGUUAUGGUAUAUGGUUUGUAUCAAUGUAAAUACACAUACAUUUAUAUUGCUGCUGCUAAUUCUGUUUGUACCACUUGGACAAUGGAUAGUCUAGUUAAAUGCAGAAUGGGAUUCAAAUUUAAGUUAAUACUUGAGGGACGGACGUAUCUAACUGAUGAUUGAUUUGGCCCGAACGUCAUAAUAAUUUCAUCGACAAUGUUAACUUUAACAAAAAGGCUCCUUUUGUGGCAAAAAUAACAUAACAUUUUGUAUUUUGUAUCAUAUGAUCAGUUAUA